GCUCAUUGGUUCGAGUUACUUUUCGAACCCACAACAGCCUACACCCAAGCAGACCCCGCGGUGAGGUUCUGCUAUCAGGAAGGGAGAGCUAUCGUCUGUCGCUGUGAAGUUUUGUUUUGCAGGCGACUCCCAAGUCGACAGAUACUUUUUGUUGUUGUUAUCUGAUGCCAACCUUGUCCCGAAUCACACUGUCAGAUUCCCACCUCCUUUUUCGACCCCAUGGACUGAAACAAAGUCGGCCAUCAUCUUCAAUUUCUUCCACACAUCCUCCACUGACAAGUUCUGACAAAAUGCGGGGAUAUCAUUGUCAAUGCCGUGCCCUCGGGCAAUGGAGGCAUUGCAAAGCUCAGGAGACCUGCGUCGGAGCACACGUUUGCCUCAACCGCUGUCACCACUGCCGGGUCGCCAACUGUGGCCCCGUCCUCCUCGAGAAUAAAUACGCCAUUCCAUCCGUACCAUCCAGUUCCUUUGAACCCACCCCCGGCACCGAAGAGGAGGACUAUCCAACCGACAUUCUUCCACCUGGUAUGAGCAUCCACCGGGCCUGGGGAAAGCAGGAUAACUUUGUUCCCGGCACCCGCCCACUUCGGCGCGCCAAAGACACUGGCUGUGGUUUUCCUCAGUACAAUUGGCAUGAUGAGAAGCAGUAGAGCCGCCCCUACAUCAGCUACAAAGAGAACCUGGAGAGGAAGCAGGGGGAAUACUUGGAUUCACUGAUGUCGGUGGCGACUGAGGAGACGAGCUUCUACCACCCUGAUAGUUCUCCCAAGACAAACAACCCUGAUGGGACCACUGGCAGUGAGGAGAAGACUGCUGACAAUGACAACAAGCUUGAUGGCUCUGGGGAGGUGGAGAAGGCCAUGGGUGCGAUGACAUUGGGCAGCCCUGAUGAGAGAGCUGGGGAGAGUAAGAAAGUCUAAGGCAUCACCGGUGGCUGGAGGAAGAGGAUGAUAUAGGAAGCAGAGUAAUAUGGUCCUGUAAUGUGGUAAAUCAAAGGCUUAGAGAGUUAAAGGA